AUGUCGUGGAUUGCUGUUUUUAUGUACAUAGCCUUAGAUUUCGGUCAGUUUGGUAAGUACGCUUCAGAAUUAAAGAAAACUCGCAUGUAAACAAAAAUAUUACUAUCUAGCGAUACUAGCAUACACAUAAAAUGACAUUUUCAAGCCUUUGCACCGGGCGCAGUAUUAUAACAUAGUUUUCUGUAUUUUGGUAGUUCAUGGGGCAAGUGAAGAGGUAAACCAACAUCUUGCAAUGGGAAUGAAGUUGGUUUCAGCUGGACAAUUAUCUGAUGCACUGUCACAUUAUCAUGCUGCCGUAGGUAAAUGUCAGUCAUGUCACAUAUCUAGUAGAUAUCAUGACAGACUCAUAUAUCCAUGGACCCGGUAAUAGUGCACAAAUACAGUUUAUCCAUACUUCUUCAACUGGAAAAAUUAUAUUAUUUAUAUUACAAUCUCUGAGAAGUAUACAAAUAUACCUAUGUUUUCCUAGUCGGCAAGUCUUGCAGGUACAUUACGUACACAAGUAUAAAUUUAAACCUGUGUUGUGGUAUUAAUAGCACAAAUCUGACAGUUUUAUACAAGUGUUUGGGGUGACCAUGACUGUGUAAGCUUUCAUACUGUUUUACAUCCUACAUCCUUUGUAAAUUUCACAUGCACCCUAUAGUUGCCAUGAGUCGAUCAGCAGGUGCAUCCUAGUGCCAAUCACAUGGGUGGCUGAACCAGGGGGGGGGGAGGGAAUUAGAAGUAGAAAAUUGGGAACAAAGCCCCUCCAAAAAUAAGGAAUAUCAAAUAUUCAUUAUUCCUCAUUAUGUGGCUUGAAACAGUUGUUGGUGGUUCAGGUAUUAAAGAUUUCUGGAUGUCAAGUUCUGUCUGUAUGUUUUAAUUACAACCUAGAAAAUGACUUUUCGAAGACAUUAGAUUUCAAAAUUUUUAGCAACAAUUCACAAAGCAAAUCAUUGCUGAGCCGAUCAAAUUUCAUUUGACAUGAUUUGCAAUGUAAAUUAUAGGUAACAAUUGUCCUGUAGGACUUUGAUGACAAUACAAAAAAGUCUAUUUAUUUAGCCUUUCUCAUGCCAUACAGUCAGGCCUUAUCUGCCAUUUUUAGUUGGCAAACUGCAUGUACAUGGCAACCUGUCAAGGAGUGAAUUUAAGCACUUUGAAAGUUGAAACACAGUACUUAAUUGUUAAUAGUACCAUAUUGUAUAAAUAUACUCACUAAAUCACCCUUCUUACUGGCAUUUUUUGCACCUACCAUGAAAUGUCAUGCAUCUCCCCUUGGGAAAGGUUAAAUUAUGAUAGAUCAAAGUGAAAAUUUCACAAAUUUUUAUGUUACUCUUUGUAAGAACGUUUUUUCUGUAAAAUUGAAACACAGUAAUAACCAACCAUCUCUGUGUCAAGAACCUUUUUAAUUAAUACUGGAAACUGCUCCAUUCACUGUUUGGAGCACUCCGGAUUUUCGGAACACUAAUUGAAUCAAUUGAAACCAAAAGCGGUCACAUGUAUGACUGUUCUGUCUGCCCCUGCUCAAAAGUAGGGGCGGCCAGAACAGUUAUGUGACCAUCAGAACAGUCAUGUGACCGUCAGAACAGUCAUGUGAUCAUUAUUGGUUCGAUUUAAUUAGUGUUCUGAAAAUCCGGAGUACUCCGAACAGUAAAUGGAGCAGCCUCCAAAAUUUUGACAGAAAAUUGUUGUGUAAUGUAAUGACCUUUCAUUACAAAAAAGGUACAUAUGGUUAACAGGGUCUUAGCUAGGAUUUUGGAUCUUGGGCGUGUUUUUAAUGACCAGUGUGUGCACGUGUCAAUUACUUUGAAUAGUCAAAUUCAUAGUUCUAUAGUUAUACCAGACAAUGCCUGUGGUUGUUGUAUGCUUUGCAACCAAAUACAAGGUGAGCAUACGCUCAUAUAGCGCAGUGACAUUAGAAUAUUAAGUUAUUUCAGCAACUCUUGGGGGUAUUAAAACCAUUUUAACACCAUACAGUUCCCAUUAUCCUUGAGACACUUUUGCCAAUUUCAAUAACAACAGCAGUAGAUUUUACAAACUUUCUUACGAUGUAAAUUGGAAGAAAUUCUGUCUUUUGUAAGUACUGUAGCACCACCUUAUUUUAUGAACAUACACGUACGGCCUUAUAUAAAUAAUGAAGCCACGUUCAUUUUAAUGUAGCCGUGUUUUUCCACUUUUGGCCGCAAUAACACGGCCAACACGGCCCUCUAGCUAAGACCCUGAUGGUUAACACUGUUACAUAUGUACGGUACAUGCAUAUGUCAUGUAGUUGCCUUUAGUGGGGUGCAUUCUGAUUUUUAUUCUACAGGUAUAGCAUAGAAAAUAGCUUCACUGACAUGCCACUAAUGGUGCUAAUCUACCCAUGCAUGGGCUCAAGUGGGUUGAGCACAUGCACUGACAUAUUAAUUUAUUUUAUAUUGUAGAGGGUGAUUCUUCCAAUUUUUUAACUUAUUUCAAAAGAGCCACAGUCUUGAUGGCGAUGGGUAGAUCACGUUCAGCAUUGCCAGAUCUUGAUGAGGCAAUUAAAUUAAAUCCAAAAUUUUCACAG